AUGUCCGGAGCUGUUUACGAAGAUAUUAUCAAAUAUCAAAACCUGAAAGCUGUAUUUCUACUUUUCCAGAUAGAUAAAGCCUCCAUUGUUUCAUGGUGUGCUGCAUUCCCUCAAACAAUAGAUAUUCUCAGAAAUGAAAAGCUUCCUGAUAAUACUUUGAAUGUUAUAUAUAUUAAAAGAAACAUCCUGCACUAUGCAUGCAUGUCACAAAAUUCCGAUAAUUUCAAGUUCUUAUUUAACUCUACAAACGAAACUGAUGUCAAUUAUCAUUAUGCGAAUGGAAUGACUGCCCUUGAUUUCGCGGUACAGUAUGAUAAUAUAGAUGUAAUCAAAAUUCUUAUUUCACAUGGUGCUGAUGUCAAUAAUAAAUUUAUUCUCUUUCAUUUCAUAUCAAUCAUGAAUGUAUAA